AUGGAUGUUAAUAUUUCAACGUCAUCAUUGCCGUCGUUUUACGAUAAUUCAAAUUACACUCCUAGCAUGCCACAUUAUCGAAUCAAGGCCGUGGCAAAUGAUCCCAACAGUGAAUUACUUUUGAUGACUUCAAAAUUGUCAUUACAGUAUGCCAAUUUAUUUCUUAGCCUCACCCGAAUGAUUAAAAGAUGUUCACCAUUGACAGUUACGUUUACCCCAUUACGGGCUACUUCAUGCUAUUUUAGGGUGGGGAGUGUUACCAUAAGAAGUGUGACUACAGGGUACUUGACCUAUUUGUAUAUGAUGAAAGUCAGCGAGGUGACCAAUGUCAGUCCCAUGGCACUCAUUGCUCCCGGUAAAGAGAUGGUUAUCAAUAAUUUCCUCAAUAGUCCAUUCCAGAUCACCAAUUUCUCAGAGCAGAUAAGUGAGCAUGGUAUAAAGUGGAGGGUCCAAAGCCAGCCGCGAGAGAUGGCCAGCCGGUUUUUUCACUUCUACAUUGAUAUGAGCUUGGAUCAAUUGAGGAAGCGAGUAGUGUUGACGUCAACGAUGGUUCCGGCGAGCACGGGAUUUGCCAAAGUGGUUUGUGGGAGCACCCGUGGCAAUGGCAAUUGCAGUGUCUCUUCGUCGAUGGAGCUCACCAUUGGCGGGACAGUCCUAGCAAAGACCAAACGAAAGUAUGGACGAACGAACGAAUGA